CGCACGUGUACCCCAAUACAAGUUUGGUCCAUCCUGAUGGCUGCCUCCACUUGACCUUCCCGAACAAGUCUGACAUAAAAGCUCUUACGACAUAUCCCACUCCGUCAAUAAACCUGGCCCAGUAAAUAGUUUUAUAGUAUAUCCACUGCUACCAUUAUUAUACACACACAAACACACUCGAGACAUUUAACCACUCCAUUCAUCAGCCUAGGCUUCAUCAACUUUGUUUUAGCAAGUCUUGCCAACAUAAACAACUAUCUCCUCUUCAACUAUGUGGCUUCUGGGAUUUAAUGGUCCAUCUGGCUUCUCUGCUCGCUCUACUGCUGAGCAAGUCACCGAAGGUGUCGAUGGAUCUGGCCUUACUGCUAUUGUCACAGGAUCAUCAAAUGGUAUUGGAAUAGAGACUGCACGUGUGCUUGCCUUGCGUGGUGUACAUGUUAUUAUGGGAGUGAGGAAUGUAAAUGCUGGGAAAAAAGUUAAAGAUGAUAUACUUCAGAAAAUUCCCAAUGCUAAAAUUGAUGUAAUGGAAAUCGAUCUUAACUCACAGGAAUCAAUAAGGAAAUUUGCAAAGGAAUAUAUAUCAUGUGGUCAUCCCCUGAAUAUCCUUGUUAACAACGCAGGGAUUAUGGCCCCUCCCUUCACACUUUCCAAAGACAACAUUGAACAGCAAUUUGCAGUUAACCAUUUAGGUCCAUUUCUUUUGACAAACCUUUUGUUGGAUACCAUGAAGAAGACCGCAGAAGAUAGCCAGAAAGAAGGGAGAAUCAUCAAUAUAUCAUCAGACCUCCACUUUUAUGGAUAUAAAGAAGGAAUUCGUUUUGACAAAUUAAAUGAUGAAGCAAGUUACAAUGGGAAUACUGCCUAUAGUCAAUCAAAGCUUUGUAAUAUCUUGCACACCAAUGAGCUUACCAAGCGCUUGAAGGAGGAAGGGGUGAAUAUUACAGCUAAUUCGCUUCAUCCCGGAGUUAUUGCCACAAAUCUUCUCAGUCAUAGCAGUCUUCUCAGCUGGUUUAACACUUUUGCUCAAUGGGUGACCAAAAACAUUCCCCAGGGAGCAGCAACAUCAUGCUAUUUGGCCUUAAAUCCGCAAGUUAAGGAUAUUUCAGGCGGAUAUUUUGCAGACAGCAACCAAGCCAAACCAAGCAAGCUGGCAAAUGAUGAAGAACUGGCCAAGAAACUUUGGGAUGUUAGCUUGACCUUGACUGCUCCCAAGUAGUUAUACCAAUUAUGAGAGCUACGGUGCCAGGAUUUGUGCUAUUGUAAUUUUGUGCUGUUUAUUACAUUUUUAGCUAAAUAAACAAGCGGUUUGAUGUUGUAAGAUAGAUUUGAAUGAUGUAUCAAGAUCUGGGUUGCGUUUUGACUUGUGAUAAAUUCAUGACUUUGUUAUUCAGAA